ACAGGAAAAGGGGGAAAAAGAAGGGAAAAAAACACAUCGCUGUUUUCGAAUGGCCACGGCCGUCCUCCGCCGCCCACUCCUCGCCGCGCUCCUUCCCGCCGGCGCCGGCGCCACCGGACCCUCCCAGUUCCGUAUCCGGCGACGUCGGCCCCCACAUCCUGUCCUCGCGGUGUCUUCCGACUCCCCCAAGCCCGUCGCCUCCACUUCUGGCGGCGGCGGCAACCCCGACGAGGAGCCGCCUGUCCUGCCGCUCCUCCAAGAACUCGCGGAUUGCUUGGUUCUUCCACCGAAGUUCCUCUCUCAGCUCCCCCGGGACCUUCGUCUCGACCUCAAUGAUGCUGCGUUUGAUCUCUCCAAUGGGCCAGUUCUUGAUGAGUGUGGUCAAGAAGUCGGUGAUCUGCUCCUGAACCUGGCAAAAUCAUGGGAGUUGGCUGAUACAUCAACAUCAAAUAGCCUUGCCAAGCAGCUGCCAUCGAUGGAGCCUUACCUGACGCGCAGCGCCAAAUCAGCAUUUGGCAAGCGGCUGGUGUCAACUGGACGGAGGUUUCAGUCAAUGGGGCAGUACGGCCAGGGAGAGUUCAAGAAGAUUGCUGAAACAAUGAUCAAGAAUGGUAAGCUACUGUCGACAUGCCCAGUAGUUCAAUCUGAUGUUCAGGCUAUGAAAGAAAAAAGAAAGCUGAAGUUUGGAGAACUUGAGUUCGAACUGACAGCUGAAAAGGCCAAUAUCGGUGCUGCAGCAGGAGCAGUUUUCGGAUUUAUCUCAUGGCAACUAGCACAAGGCGUGCAAGGCAUUCCGGACAGUACGAAGCAGUACGCAAACGACAGUGCAUUGCAGCUGGCCAAGUCGCUCAAGGUGGCGCUGCUUGUUCUUGGCUACACUUCUACCGGCCUAUCCUUAUUCACAGCUCUGGGUCUGCUGUUGCUAGCGCAGCAGAUAAACUCCGAGGACAAGUCGGAGUAACUGUCGAACACUUCUUUUUUUUUUUCAAAAAAAAUGUGGAUGCUUUUGUAUGCUUGAAUAAGGCAAUGUGCCAAUGUUCAGAGCGUUCUGGCAUGUGAAUUUUGACACCGAAACGUACAUGUAUCAGUGCAUGCAAUUUUCUGUACACAAAAACAAAUACCCCAGUUGUUGUGAGUACGAAUAGUCGGUGAAGAUCUUGAAGCAGAGGAAGCCAGCUUGGGACUGGUUGAAGAACACACAGCCAAUGCGCUUGUGCCUUGUGGAGUAAAGGUAUACUGUCAUGGUUACCAAAGAGGCGCGGAAGAACACAACACGGAACUGUUUCUACCCAACAUUGUGCUCCAGAACAUGAACUUUCCUGUUCAUUUUACCGUUGCUGAUAUGAUGGUUUCUAUUCAGAAGAUUUCACAA